GAGUCUGUUACCGUGCUCUCCUCGUUAAUUUUAGUCCACGCUCCACUACCGUCUAGCUCGCAAAGACGAUAGUCGCGCGCGCGAUAAUGAUAUCGGGCCAAGAACACGGGAUAGUGUCACAACAUUGAACAGGCGAUUCGCAUCGGCAAGCUAAUAUCGGCCGACAGCUAACUCCAGAAUUUCCUCUCGCGCAUCAGCAAUUAUUCACGAUGACGCGCAUUUGCCUUCUAGUCUUCUGUUACAUUUUAAACUCUGCACUAAGCGAGCCAGCUACGUGGCUGAUGCAGGGUAACGUGCUCACCGAGGACGAGGCGACAUCCCGACUAAUCCAGCUGGAGAGCCAGAAGUCGUACUUCCCGGUGAGCACCAGAGCGGAGGUGUACUACAGGGCUCAGCCGGGCAAGCUCGUCAGCUGCGUGAUCGCCGCGUCCGUUCACCAGCAAGGCCGCGUGAGCGUGGUGGAGGGCGGCUACGGAGCCAACAAGGUCCGGAUCCGUUACAUGACGGAAAACGGCCAGCCGGACGUAUUUUUCAUUCUCGUACAGGCCGCGAGGAGGGAAGCGGUGUCCGUUGAUAGGAACGCCGUGAGAAGCUCGAGAGUGGACAUCGUGUAUGAACCCAUGAGUAAUUGGACCCUCGCGGAGUUACAGGACGCUUUACGCGAUAGCAGCGAUAUUCUGCCGUCGUAACGGGAUGCGUGGAUUUCAAUUUUUUUCUAGGACAAUGACGGCAUCAGAAAUACUUGUAGAAUUACCUGCCAGUCCUUAAUUGGCUUUAAACGGUCUUCAAAUUCUCGCAAAUUAAGUCCUUUUCAAUGAUUAAGGAUUGAGUUUAUGUGUCGAAUAAAAUUUAAUUUUCACUGAAA